CAAUUAGGCUGACCGCUGACCGAAUUCGAACAGUUGGACACAGAGUUGGUCUAAAGCUACCAAGCCCAUCUAGAAACCGCGACAAACCUGUCAGACUAAUACGAUGUCGCAUUGUUCUCCACCAACCUCCGGGCCGGCCACCAUCCCGGCAUCAACAUUCCUGUGAUCCCACCUUACUUCGAUCGCAAUUAGCACCCAUUUUCAGGGACUUUCAAAUUUCAAGAAUGAGUGGUCCUGCUCUUUCACAAACUUUAAACUCCAGUUGGUUAAUUGGAGGUCGUGGUGAUUCUCAUUCUUGUAAGAGAUUUCGAGGAUCAUGUGUGGGAUCACUUUCAGUUGGCCUUCUGGCCGAUACCCGCUCCUUUGUAGGAAAGAUUAACAGGUUUAGAAUCUGUAGAUCGUACAUAUCCCGUUCAUCAAAGUCUUAUGCAGCAUGUCAACAUCCUAUUUUGUCCUCCUUCGGAAGUCAUUCUCAUGGUUAUCAGACGGAAGAGAAGGAGUCUUCUUUGAUUUUGAUGCGACAUGGAGAAUCAAUGUGGAAUGAGAAAAACCUUUUCACUGGUUGUGUCGAUGUGCCGUUGACCAGUAGAGGAGUCGAAGAAGCGAUUGAAGCUGGGAAAAGAAUUAGCAACCUCCCUUUUGAUAUCAUCUACACAUCGGCAUUGAUCCGUGCUCAGAUGACUACUAUGCUUGCUCUAACACAACACCGAUGCAUGAAGGUGCCUAUAAUUAUGCAUCAUGAAACUGAACAAGCAAGGAUAUGGAGUCAGAUCUAUAGUGAAGGCACCAAGAAGCAAUCUAUUCCGGUUGUCAAAGCAUGGCAACUAAAUGAGAGAAUGUACGGGGAGCUACAAGGUCUUAAUAAGCAGGAAACAGCUGAACAAUAUGGGAAGGAGCAAGUUCAUAACUGGCGUAGAAGUUAUCAUGUUCGGCCUCCAAAUGGAGAGAGCCUUGAGAUGUGCUUAGGGAGGGCAGUUACCUUUUUCAAAGAGCACAUUGAACCACAGCUUCUGAGUGGAAUGCAUGUGAUGGUUGUAGCUCAUGCGAAUUCACUAAGGUCCAUAAUUAUGUAUCUUGAUAAGUUAACUUCUCAAGAGGUUAUCAAUUUAGAGCUCUCGACUGGUGUACCGAUGCUCUACAUAUAUAGAGAAGGAAACUUCAUCAGGAGAGGAAGUCCUGUUGGAUCUUCUGAGGCUGGUGUUUAUGCUUAUACGGAGAGCUUGGCUGCCUAUCGGCGAAAACUAGAUGAAACAUCCGAAGACAUCUAAGUGAGAUUUGGCUUGUUUUUUGGGUCGUCACAUGGAACUCAAUCGAGCAUUUUGGAUAAAAGGCUAAUCCUCCAUCAACGGUUAGAAAAUUGCUGUGACUUUCAUCUCUAAUUUAGACGCCCUUCCCUUAUGUCUGAUCUAGUUAAUAUUCUGUCUUCGACAUCAGAGAUACUGGUGGAAUGAUGUGUUCUCAAAUAUUAAAGAAGGCUUGUUUAUGUGAAUUUAUCUCUUCAGUUAGCUAGUUAACCUGCAUCCAUCCCCCUUGAAUGAAAGAAUCUUGUAUCACAUUUAUUCCAUGCGGUGACUUUUCUUGAAUUGUAUAUCAAUCACAUGACUAAGUGUAAUGAUAGUGUAUAGACCUUUUUUGUGAGUGAUUACUGUUAUUA